CGCACGCGCGAGAGUUUCUGGCAGAAAGCAGGCGAGCGGCGGCCAGCGCGGAGCCUUGUGGGAGGGCUUGAGGAAGUAAAAUGGCGGACCUGGCGAACGAAGAAAAACCUGCCAUUGCUCCGCCCGUCUUUGUGUUUCAGAAGGAUAAAGGACAAAAGUCCUCUGCAGAGCAAAAAGACUUGUCGGAUUCGGGAGUGGAGCCUCAGGGGGAGGCUGAGGCUCCCCACCAUGGCCCAGGUCACCCUGAGUCAACUGGUGAGCAUGCUCUAGAGUCUCCUGCCCCCGCUAGCGCUUCAGCCAGCGCUCCUGAAGCCCAGCUUCCUCCUUUUCCACGAGAACUGGCAGGGUUACAGGCACCAAACCAUAGGCGCAAGAAGAAGCUGUGUUUGGCCAAGAGGUCAGCUGGAGGCUCCAGCCCUGAAGGUGGUGAAGAUUCUGACAGAGAAGAUGGAAAUUACUGCCCUCCUGUCAAGCGAGAAAGGACGUCCUCUUUAACCCAAUUCCCACCUUCACAGUCAGUAUCAAAAAACAAUGUUUUUAUGCCAUCAACCUUCUGCGAGCCAUCUGCAGGCAAUUCUGACUCAGAACCAGAGGAAAAGAGCAGUGGGUUCCGGUUGAAGCCACCAACACUGAUCCAUGGCCAGGCACCCAGUGCAGGUCUGCCAAGCCAGAAGCCCAAGGAGCAGCAGCGGAGCGUGCUUCGCCCGGCAGUGUUACAAGCCCCACAGCCAAAGGCACUCUCACAGGCCGUUCCAAGCAGCGGCACCAAUGGGCUCAGCAUCCCAGCAGACUGCACAGGAACAGCGACAUCGACAUCGCCUGACAACCCCACACAGAGAAGUCCGCCUGAUGAGGCGCCAGCACCUGAGGAGAAAGAGCCCCAGAAAAAUGAGUCUAGCAGUACUUCUGAGGAGGACAGCUGUGAGAAAAAAGAGCAAGUUGCACAGCAAGCGUUUGUAUUUGGGCAGAACUUGAGGGACAGAGUUAAGUUAAUAAAUGAAAACACUGAAGCAGCUGACAUGGAAAAUGCCGGACACCCCAGUUCAGAAACGCCAACUGCGACCAACUAUUUUCUUCAAUAUAUCAGCUCCAGUUUAGAGAACUCGACCAAUAGUGCCGAUGCCACCAGCAACAAAUUUGUAUUUGGCCAGAACAUGAGCGAGCGCGUAUUGAGUCCACCCAAAUUAAAUGAGGUCACUUCAGAUGCCAACAGGGAGAACUCAGCUGUCGAGUCUGGGUCCGAGUCUUCAUCCCAGGAGGCCACCCCUGAGAAAGAGUCCCUGGCCGAAUCGGCAGCUGCCUACACCAAGGCAACAGCGCGGAAGUGUUUGUUGGAAAAAGUGGAAGUUAUCACCGGGGAGGAGGCAGAGAGCAACGUGUUACAGAUCCAGUGUAAGCUGUUUGUCUUUGACAAGACCUCGCAGUCGUGGGUGGAGAGAGGCCGGGGACUGCUGAGACUCAACGACAUGGCAUCGGCUGACGAUGGGACAUUACAGUCCCGACUAGACCUUCCCUCUGAGCCCAUCUGAACUGCUCCACUGCCUCAAAGAUGGACACUUUGGGCUUGCGAGGCCAGGCUUAGAGGACACAAGGAGAUUUGGUCAGUUGAGACCCAGGACCCCACAGACCUCCCCAAUUUGGCCCAAGCUGCUCCCCGUCCUGUGUGGCCAUCUGGACGGGAUGACACCUUUUAGUCCUCACCAGGCCUGUUCUAAUGGGGAGAGCUAGGCAGGCUGGCUGGCUGGGCUCUGACAAAUUGGGCAGGCUGACUAUGGCAUUGGGUCUGCUGCAGGUAGACCUGGGGGUGUCACAUGUAUGUCCAGAGAGGAAAGGUCUGUGCCCAGUUUUUCUUUGCCAUAUGCUUCCUUCACUCUGUCUUUAUCUCCUUCCUAUUGCAAGCUCUGAGCAUAGGUUAGCCUCAGUCCUUUUUCUAAGGAAACCCCAGGGACUUGGCCUGUGAGUGGGGGACAGUGAAGAGGUCUUGACUUUUAUGUGACAUGUUUCACAAAGUGUGAGUAUCAACAAUUUCACUAAGCUUCUUCGUGAAGUCACUUCUUUGCUGUUAUUUUAGCAAUAAAGUUAAACAGAAAGCGCCUCCCUAGUUCUCUUCAGCUCUGCACCCUGGGCGCCAGCCUGGGGCAGGAUUGUCCAGGGGGUGGGCCGGGAGCGAGACCCGCAAGCCACCUGGUGCACACAAGCCCCUCCGGGAAGCCCACUGCUGGCGUGAACUUCAGGGAGCGCUGGGCCCAGGCCCACAGUGCCACGGGGCAGAGGUGGCCUCAGAACCUGAAGAACCUUGCAGAGUAGGGAGGGGUGUGUGGUGGGGGCGAAGGACAAAGUUAAAUCAAGAAGCAGAAACUUGGAGACCACAGUUUACCUAAUUAAGGAUGUAAAAGUGCUUUUGUUUUCAAAGGUUAUUGUUGGUGAGAUUAAAACAAUUGAAACUAAAAAAUAAAAAAGUGUGAGCGUCCCCUGUGUGCAGCCCACAAAUGUCCCUAUCUGGCCCUACCUCCCUACAUUCUCCUCCUGCUUCUGCCUAAUCACCCCCUUCCCCAAGGAAGCCCCCAUCCUGGCACACGCUGGCCUCUGACCCCGCCAGUGGCAUUGGUGGUUCUGGGCCCAGGAAGCCAGGUGGUGGUGCCAGGCCAGCCCCAGCACGUGUGGCUGUUGCUCAGUGGACAGGUGGGUGACUUUCCCGGACCUUGGGAGAGUCGUGGGAUUUCACCGUUGGGGUUUGCUUUCCUUCCAGGUUGUGUCUGUUCUAGCUGGUUGUUGGGCGGCGGGUGGGAAC